AAAUCCUUCUCUCAAGCACCACUGUUGUGCCACUUUCUUUGGACCUCUCCUUUGGGAGCCAUUGCUGGUCAGGGAUCGAUUGAGGGCCAGCCCGGUAACGUUUCUGUGCCUAGUGGCAACAGUUGUGCACACUCGAGCUGAUAAUUGGGCGCGCCAGUACCGCUGCGGCAGCUGGGUGUUGUGUGAAGGCGAGGGCUGCGUGAGGCCAGACAACAUGGAGACCACAGCGAGCUUGGCUGCGCGGCCGCUACCCUUACUCGGCACGGUAGAGCCCCGUGCAGGUGGCAGAUUCAGCAGCCUCGAUGCGCUCUCCGCUCGCCGGAUUACCAUCGCCACCCGCACGAGUCUGCCGAGCAGGCCGUGGCACGGCAGCUGCAGAGUGCGCGCCGAACUCCCUGCCGACGGCAGCGGCGGCGGCAGCGGCUCAGUUGCGGAGAGCAGCCAGUCGGCAAGGCCCUCCGGCAGUGAGCGGGCGGCUCUGGCGGAGCGCAACGAGCGACUGAUGCGCAUGCAGAAGGAGCUACUGGAUCAGCUGGAGGAGCGGCGCAAGCUACACGCGGCGUUGUUGCAGUCGCUGGACACGCCAGCCGCCACCAUCAAGGCGUUCAACGAGUCCGAUCGCGGCGGUCUGCCACCCGUGCCCCGCCAGGACCUCCAGCCCGCCUCGCCACCUCGCCUCGCCCGUCCCUCCGCUGCGUCAUCCCCGUCGUCUCCUCCAAGGGCUGCCGCUGCACCUGUCGUCUCUACAACUCCCGCUACCUCCCGCGCGCCCGUUUCUCCGCCAACCCCCGCCGCACCAGCCUCCAGCAAGCCGCGGUCGUUCCCGGUGAACGUGCCCUCCGCGUCGACCCCGCCGCGAGGGCCCGCCGCCCGCACGUCUCCCGCUGCCAAACCCGCGACGUCGCCCGUCGCCAUUCCCUCCAGAAUGCCACCCCCCGCCUCUCCUCCCGACUCUACUCCCCCGUCUCCCGUUGCCCGGCCGUCGCCGUCUCCUGUCGCUGCUGCCCCCCCUGCCGCAAUCAAGCCGCGCACCGUUCCUGCUGCCGCACCAUCCGCGCCGCCCGCACGGUCUCCGCCGCGUUCCCCUCCCCCAGCGCCGAAGCAACCCGCUGCACCUUCGGCAGUACCGCUCCCGCCUUUCCAGAGUGCUGUUACAACCUCACGAGUGCCGCCCAAGGCUGCUGCACCUGCCACUCCCCUCGCCGUGCCGAAGCCAAGGCCGUCCGCUCCCCCCGUCGCCCCGCCGCGCGCUCCGCCGCCACCCUCAAAGCUGGUGCCCGCGCCGGUGGCGGUUGCGCCUGCGGUCCCCCCCGCGGAGGUGAAGGCGGAGCCGCUGGCGGGGCCGAACGUGAUGAACGUGGUGAUGGUGGCGAGCGAGUGCGCGCCGUGGUCCAAGACCGGGGGCCUCGGGGAUGUCGUCGGCGCGCUGCCCAAGGCCCUCGCGCGCAGAGGACACCGCGUCAUGGUGGUGGUGCCUCGCUAUGGCAACUACGAGGGGCUGGAGGACACGAACGUGCGCAAGAGAUUCAACGUCGCAGGCCAGGACAUGGAGGUGCUGUACCAGCACAAGUACGUGGAUGGCGUCGAUUUCGUCUUCAUCGACCACAACUGGUUCCACCACCUCAACCAAAACAUUUACGGCGGCUCCAGAGAGGAGGUGACCAAGAGAAUGAUUCUUCUCUGCAAGGCAGCCAUUGAGGCUCCAUGGCACGUGCCGUGUGGGGGUGUGUGCUAUGGUGAUGGAAACCUGGUGUUUGUGGCGAACGACUGGCACACGGCGCUGCUGCCGGUGUACCUGCAGGGGUACUACCGCGACCAUGGCAUGAUGGAGUUCACGCGCUCCGUGCUCGUCAUCCACAACAUGGCCCACCAGGGCCGCGGCCCCGUCGCCGAGUUCCCCUGGCUGGGGCUGCCCGAGCACUACAUUGACCGCUUCCGCCUGUACGACCCGGUGGGCGGCGAGCACAUGAACAUCUUCAUGGCCGGCAUCAUCAGCGCACAGCGCCUCGUCGCUGUCAGCCGUGGGUAUGCCUGGGAGGUGCAGACGCAAAUGGGCGGGUGGGGGCUGGACGGCGUGCUGCGCGAGCACGCGGGCAAGCUGCGCGGCGUGGUGAACGGCAUCGACACGGUGGAGUGGGGGCCCGAGAGCGACGUGCACCUGGAGGAGCACGGCGACCCGCGGUAUGGCUACCAGCACUACAACAUCAACACGCUCGAGGACGGCAAGGCGGCCUGCAAGGCGGCGCUGCAGCGCGAGCUGGGGCUGCCGGUGCGUGCGGACGUGCCACUGCUGGGGUUCAUAGGGCGGCUGGACUACCAGAAGGGUGUGGACAUCAUCGCCGAGGCCAUGCCGUGGCUGACCCAGCAGGACGUGCAGCUGGUGAUGCUGGGCACGGGCAGGGACGACCUGGAGAACUGCCUGCGCGAGAUGGAGGGCAAGCACAAGGACAAGGUCAGGGGGUGGGUGGGCUUCUCUGUCAAGAUGGCGCACCGCAUCACCGCGGGCUGCGACAUCCUGCUCAUGCCGUCGCGCUUUGAGCCAUGUGGGCUCAACCAGCUGUACGCCAUGCGCUACGGCACCGUGCCCGUCGUGCAUGCCGUGGGCGGGCUGCGCGACACGGUGACGGCGUUUGACCCGUUCAACGACUCGGGGCUGGGGUGGACGUUCGACCACGCGGAGGUGGGCGGGCUGGUGCACGCGCUGGGCAACGCCAUCUACACGUACCGCGACUACCGCGACUCGUGGCGCCGCCUGCAGCGCCGAGGCAUGGCGCAGGACCUGAGCUGGGACGCGGCAGCCGUGCAGUACGAGGAGAUCCUCGUGGAGGCCAAGUACACCUGGUAGACAGGGGAGAGGGGGGGGCACGGUGAGCACAUGGGGAGAGACGCUGGCUUGAAGUGACAUGGGAUGCACUAAGGGUCAAUUGGCUUGAUGGUUUGUCCAUCUCACUGUGGAGAGGGCUUGUGUUCCUUCCUAAGUUUACUGGCACCCAUUCUGUCAUCCCAAUAUUCAUCAAACUGCAUUGCCUGCAUGCUGCACCAGUGCUACUAGUGCCACUUGUGCAGGUGCAGAGGGCGCCUAGUAUUGUUGCUGAUGGCUUUGUGUAACUCUUUGUUGGACAUAUAUUGAGCUCAUGACUCGGAAU